GAAUCCUCAAAGCUGUGGGUGCUUCCCCCAGGAGCACCAGCUCAGCCCCCCCAUCGCUGCCCCCAUGCCAGUGCAGCUCUCCGUGGGACGGCUGCAGCGGGCUGCUGGCCUGCGGCCCCACAGCCCCGCUGAGCAGCGAGCUCCCUGCCCACACCUGCACCAUCUACCGGCCUUGGUUCUCACCCUACAGCUACUUCAUGUGCACCAAAGGAGGCACCCAGCAGCACCUGGGCAGCCUCUCCUCCAGCCUGGCCGCCGGCACCCAGGAGCCUGAGGAGCCAGAUGACCUCUCAGAGAUCGUCUGCUCCUCCUCCGGCUCCUCGGACAAGCCCCAGCCCCCCGAGAGGGGCAGACCAGCCAGCAGCAGAGCCAGCAUCACCAUCCAGGACAUCCUCACCGCUUCCCAGCAGCAGCCGGUGCCCCACCAUGGCUACCAGUGCAUGUCAUGCUGCCGCGUCUUCCCCACGCUGUGGUCGGUCAAGACCCACAUCCAGCACAGCUCCCAGGAGGGCUACAGCUGCAAGGUGUACUACCGCAGGCUCAAGGCGCUGUGGGAGAAGGAGCACAAGGAGCAGGAGGCUGCAGCCCCCAGGGCGCCCACGUAG